GUAGAAUUACACAAACAUGUUUGGUGAAAUUAAAAACAUACAACGAAUUCAAUUAUUUCUAAGUAUUCCUCGUAUAAGUAGGUACUGUAACCUUCAGUGUGUUUGGAUGAAUUCAUAGUUGGGUCUGUAGAUCCGGCGCCUUUCUGCUAUUGGAAUAGUCUGGUAUUCGAAAUUGUUUUGUCCGGAUACAUAAAAUUCUAACUUUAACACAUGUCUGCCUUGACAUUGAAAGGCGGUGAUAGCACUGCAAGUGAUGACUGGAAGUCAACUCUCAAGCUUCCGGAGAAGGAUAUGCGUAUCAAAACGGCCGAUGUGACGGCUUUGAAAGGAAGCAGUUUUGAAGACUUUUGUCUAAAGAGAGAUAUCUUGAAAGGAAUCUACGAGAAAGGUUGGGAAUCCCCGUCACCAAUCCAAGAGUCCAGUAUACCAAUUGCACUAACACACAGAGAUAUUAUGGCAAGAGCCAAGAAUGGAACUGGUAAAACAGGAGCUUACUCAGUACCUGUCUUAGAAUCAAUCGAUACUUCACUCAACAAGAUACAAGCUAUCAUCUUAGUCCCCACCCGAGAACUUGCACUACAGACGAGCCAAAUCUGCAUAGAACUUGCGAAGCACACUGCAAUUAAAAUCAUGCUGGUGAUUGGUGGCACACUACUUAAAGAUGAUUUAAUUAGAUUAAGUCAAACUGUUCAUGUUUUGAUUGGUACUCCUGGUCGCUUGGUGGACUUACUAAGCAGAGGUCUCAUUGACAUAUCGAAGUGCAAAAUUGUUGUUUUGGACGAAGCCGACAAAUUACUUUCCGAAGAGCUGAAAAGUGGGGUUGAAGAAAUCCUCAAUGGAGUGGAUAAAAGCCGCCAAGUUCUUGUAUACUCAGCAACAUACCCAGUUACAGUUCAGUCAUUUAUGGCUCAGCAUUUGCGCAAUCCCUAUCAAAUAAACUUGAUGGAGACAUUAACUUUGAAAGGAAUUACUGAAUAUUAUGCAUAUGUCCAGGAAAAACAUAAGGUGCACUGCUUAAAUACGUUGUUCUCCAAACUACAAAUCAGCCAGUCUAUUAUAUUUUGUAGUUCAGCACAACGAGUCGAACUUCUUGCCAAAAAAAUCACCCAGUUGGGAUAUUCCUGUUAUUAUAUACAUGCCAGAAUGUCCCAGCAGGAUCGAAACAGAGUCUUUCAUGAUUUUCGAAAUGGUUGCUGCCGCAACCUAGUUUGUACAGACCUUUUGACUCGUGGCAUUGACAUUCCGACAGUGAAUGUUGUUAUAAAUUUUGACUUCCCAAAAUAUUCUGAAACUUAUUUGCAUCGCAUUGGUAGAUCUGGUCGCUUCGGUCAUUUGGGUAUCGCUAUUAACUUGGUUACUUAUGCGGACAGGUAGGUCUCUAACACGUAUUUGACUGAUUUUUUGCAGAUAUGCUUUAAAAACGGUGGAAACAGAACUAGUUACGGAAAUCAAGCCGAUUCCCAAAGAAAUCGACAAGCGGCUCUAUGUAGCAGAGUAUCAAAACGAAAAUAAUUUGGAUCCGACGACAAGAGAAGCACUGUUUAAUGGUCGUGGGUUACCUCCGAAUAACAAGGAGGAAGUUGUUAACAAUCAUUAAUAUAUAAAACCUCCCGGUGACUUCUGGGCAUUGACCUAAGAUGCUCGCCACUUUAGAAUCCCUAAUUUUUCGAGUUUAGGUUAUCCUAAUUAUUUUCUUCGCAGCUUCGAUGGACCCAUUCCCACUCGUGAUAUGCUGUAUAGUUUAAUUUUCCCCAUCUGUCCUUUUCAGUUGGGGUUUUUUUUCAAAUGUUUAUUUUUUUGUUAUUAUUAGCCCUAACCAGAACUCCCUGUUCCCCUGUAUUAUAUCCCAGAUGUACAGUUGGCUUAAAUGCCCCUCAUACUUCGUGUCGUUUUGAAAGUCCCCUUUGGCUUUGUAGUAUCCAAAUGAUGGUUUUAACGAGUGCGUUGGAUCUACUAGCCACACAUCCCAAUACUUGUAUGUGGUCAGUGUUGCCCUCAUUUGCUUGCUCAUGAUUGUUGUUACUCUCCAGGAAGCUGACCAAUGGUGUUUUUGUUUAAUUUAAAAGUAAAUAAAGGUUCUUGGUAG